AUGGCUAACCCGUUCGCUGAUCUUCAACGCGACGCCGCAGACAUUCGACCUCACAGAAGCAGCAGUCGGAGGCGAUCAACCAAUCAGAUUGGUCGCAGCGCCCACGUCACGCCGGAGUGUGUAAACAAUAAUAAUAAUAAUAAAAAUAACAACAUCAACAACAACAAUAACAACAUUUGUGCAUACAUGCACAUACGCGCACAACGUCUGAUUCAUUACUGGCGCAUCACGUGUCUUACCACCCUAUCCUCUCGUCCCAACGGGUUUUCACGUGUAAACACCAACAUACGCGCCUGCCUGGCUGCCUGUGCGAUUGCCAAAUUGGAUUUCGAGCACCCUGCUCGUCAAUGCUUCACAGUCGGGUGCUCGACUGGUCAUGAUUAA